GUGGUAUGUAACUAUCCGAUAUAGGCGUGCAUUGGAGUCUGGACUCUCACACUGGUGGCUGUGACAACCCUCACUUCCCAAAAACGGAAUAACGUCAACAACUUGAAAGCCAAACAACGUCCCUUCUUCAUCGUUUUCCCCAGUUGCUCGCUGCAAGCCCAACUUCGGAUUGCUCCAUAACUUUGCUUGCCAUGGCUUAAUAAUUGAGAUCUCUAAUAAAUUUUGGCUCGCAUUAUCGUCUAUUUCUGACAAUUCGACUGGCCAACGGGAGGCGUCGGGAGCUGCUAAAAUGGGCAUUAAAGGCAUCUACAAAGAAAUUGGACCUGGCGACAGGAUAUCCCUUUGCAAACUAGCUGUUAAAACAUUAGAAGAAACCGGCCGUCCGCUGCGUCUGGCCAUCGAUUUCUCAAUAUGGCAGUUCCAAGUCCAAGCAGCUAGGGGCGGCUCCAACCCCGCAAUCCGCACCCUCUUCUACCGUCUCGUCCGCCUCCUCGGUCUUGCAAUCCAGCCGGUCUUUGUCUUCGACGGCCCCAACAAGCCCGCAUUCAAGCGCAACAAGCGCUCGUCCGGCCGCGGCGACGCCGUUGCCACGGCCAUGGCGAAGCGUCUCAUCAGCCUCUUCGGUUUUCUGACGCAUGACGCCCCCGGCGAGGCAGAGGCCGAGUGCGCUCUGCUCGAGCAGCAGGGUGUUGUAGACGCUGUGCUCAGCGAGGACGUGGACACCAUCAUGUUUGGCUGCCGGAAAACGCUGCGGAAUUGGUCGGCUGAAGGACCCAGGGCCUCGAAGACGCCGACGCAUGUGUCGAUGUACGACGCCACCGCCAUAGCUGGGGGCCCAAGCAAGCUGGACCGGGAAGGGAUGGUGCUAGUGGCCUUGAUGAGUGGUGGUGACUACCUCCCCGAGGGUGUCCCUGGCUGUGGUGUGAAGGUCGCGUGCGAGGUGGCGAGGGCGGGAUUCGGUCGUGACCUAUGCCGCAUUAAGAGGGCGGACAGGGACGGCCUGGCGGCGUGGAAGGAGCGGCUUUUGCAUGAGCUGCGGACGAACGAGAGCGGGCUUUUCCGGACAAGACACAAGGCUUUGGAAAUACCGGAGUGCUUCCCAAACAUGGAGGUCUUAAGGUACUAUACCCACCCGGUCGUGUCGCGGGAGGCCACCGUCGCCAGGCUUAAGGAUGAGCUUACCACGGCUCGCGCUGUGGAUGUCGUGGGGUUGCGGGAGUUCACCCGCGAGACAUUUGACUGGGCAUUCCGGAUAGGUGCCGUCAAGCUUACCCGUGUCCUCGCCCCAAGUCUCUUGGUCCAGGAGUUUCUGAAAAGAUCCGACGCAUCGCAAGGCUGCCAUGAGGAUCCCGGUAUCCAGCAGCAAGAGGAAUCAGCUCUUGCCAAAGCCAUCUCCAGCAAAAGGGCGCAUUUCAGCACCGAUGCAACGCCGGAGCUUCGGGUUUCCUUCGUCCCGGCUAAUAUCGUCGGGCUGGAUCUUGACAAGGAGCCCGAGGAAGAGGUAGAAGCGUUUGGCAGAGACGGUAUCGCGCUGAAUAGCGACGACGAGUUCGACGAGGAAGCUGCGGAACUGGAUGGCCAAUCGAAGGCAGGAAACGUCAAGAAGCCGUUUGACCCACUCCAGCCGGAUCUUGUCUGGGUUCCCGAGACAGUGGCAAGAUUGGGCAUACCGCGGACCGUAGAGAAGUGGGAAGCCAAACAACAGGUGAAAGAGCAACAAGCUGCCGCCAAAGCCACUCGGAAGACGAGAACCAAAAAGACAGACAUGCCGGUUGGGGCGCUUGACAAGUACGUCAAGGUCACAAAGCGCGCCGCCGAUAGCACGGUCAAGGACUCUGUUGUUGGUCUUGGUUCUACGCCGUCACCUCCAAAAGUCAGCAGCCACUCCGAACCGGUCGCGCCGAGAGGGAGAAGUAAGCAGUCCAAGAAUCCCGCUAAAGCCCCUCAAGCGACCCAGCCCUCGGCAGAUGUCAAUCCUUGGACGCUUGCCGGCUCACAAGCCAGUCCCAAGGCCACCAAGUCGUUUCCAUAUCCCGCCUCACAAGUCCAGGUCAGACAGGGUUCUGCCAGCGACCCUAUUAUUUUCUCGUCUAGCCCUGUGGCCGCUGCAUCACCUCAGCCACUUGGCGAGACCACGAAAGACAGCCAGAGGACGCCAACCAGGGCGACGGCUAAGCAGAGGCCGCUGCUUGAGAAUGCCUCAUCUCCCCCGCCUUUAUUUGGUCUAUCGCCAAGCCCCAGGAAGUACUUGUUUCGGGCCCCCGAAGACUCUAUGGAACAGGCACCGAGCGGGACAGAGACUCAGCUUUCGAGGAAAGCAAGGCCCUUCAAGAGGGUCAAGAGCGGCGCCGAAGACAAACCUAGGACGGCAAUGCAAAAGUCCAUCAAGGACUUUAGCCGGAUUUCGAAGGGCCCGAGCUCUUCUCAAGAGCAAACCAAGGUCUCUAUCUCCAGCACCGGGCCGAUCGAGAUCCCAUCAGACGACGAGGCAUUUCCCCUGUCUCCACCAAUGCGGCCGCCCGUGAAUGAGUCUGAUAGCCUCAAGCGGAAUACCACUCCUCCACCGGCAGGCAAUUUCAACAUCACCAGCGACGACGACGAUCCCUUUGCCUCGCCGCUCUCCGCAAUUCAUCCCCCGAGGUCCUCGUGCGCACCGCCAAAAGCAGGAAGAAGCGAGGACGACACAGACCACCUAGCACGUCUAGGGGAAGACUGUAGUGCACCGGCAUCUAAUGCUAGCAGCACCAGCAUCGGCUCGGACCUACCACCAACCGUUACCAAGCAAGCAGAAAGUGCCACGGCGAAAGCAAAAGGUACAACCACAAAGGUGUACAUCCCGCGCACAAGCCUCAACGGAUUGGGUUACUUCGACGAAGUCGAAGUCAGCCGGGAAGAGGCUGAGCGCAUGACGGCUGCUCUCAGUGAUGAUGGUGAUGAUGGCCUAGAACUACCUGGUAUCAAGCGAGGGAAAGGACCAAGGCGGAGGGCAUAUCGGUUGAGUGAGGUCGAGGUUCUGGACUUGACGGGGGAGGAUUGAGCGAGGAUAGGAGAUGGAUACCUUGCAAUACCUUGUGUUUGCGGAAUGGGACGUUUUUAUUAUCCACCGGGGUUGUAAGAUGGACGCGAAUACCUUAUUAUAUACCAUAGUGAGAGACGAAUACCCAAGACACUUAUGAAUUC